AUGUUGUUUCCUCAGCUCAAACGAUUGUCUAAAGUCCCACCGUUAAAGAAUUUCAUCCAUUCAACUAGUAACAGAGAAGUUAAGGGAAGAUGCAGCCCUGAAGUCAGGGAGCCUGGAUUCAGCCCUGGCUCCAACACUCCCUGGCUUUCUGAACUUGACCUUGAUUUAACUUUUUUAGAAGAAAGUAUGAAACUAGCUAUGAAGCAACCAAAAGAUGUGGAUGACACACUGGCAAGGGUGAAAGAGGAAAAGUGUCCCGUUCCAAAUGCAGUGCAAGCCAAGACGAGUGGCUUCUUUAAGCAAAAACCCAACAAGCUUCUCUUCCCAAACUCAAAGCUUUUCAAGCAGUGAGGCAGGGACCUUUGAGGUUACAACGUUUACCUCAGUGACCAGAUGCCCACCUAUCGAACCAUCCCAGACACGCGAGAUCCCAGGUGUCUUCAGAAGAGAUAUCCUUCACAACUCCCAUCUCUCAGUGUCGUUCUCAUAUUCACGGAUGAAGCUCUGUCUGUUGUACAAAGAGCCAUCACCAGCAUCACCAGCUGGACACCCUCUCAAUUGUUGAAGAUCAUCUUAGUGGACGAUUUUAGCUCACACAGAGAAUUAAAGGCAUACUUGGAUGAGAAGAUUAAGCUUUACAACCAGAAGUCUCCAGGACUACUGAAAAUAAUACGGCAUACCGAGAGAAAAGGUCUUGCUGCUGCUUGCAACACCGGCAGGGAGGUGACCACGGCUGACGUGGUUGCCAUCUUGGAUGCUCAUGUUGAAGUGAACGUUGGGUGGGCAGAGCCCAUCCUGGCGCAGGUUCAGGAAGACCGCACCGUGGUUGUGUCUCCUGUGUCUGACAACAUUCUUUUCGACACCUUUAAACUGGUUAAGUAUGCAUUAGCAGUUGACGGGUUUAAUUGGGAACGAUGGUGCCACUAGGAUUCACUGCCAAAGGCCUGGAUUGAUCUACAUGAUGUCACCGCUCCUGUGAAGAGUCCUUCCGUCAUGGGCAUCCUGGCUGCCAACAGGCUCUUCUUGGGAGAGAUUGGAUCUCUGGACGGUGGGAUGCUGACCUAUGGAGGGGAGAACGUGGAACUUAGACUGAGGGUGUGGCAAUGCAGUGGGAGAGUCAAGGUCUUGCCCUGCUCCCGGGUUGCCCACCUGGAGAGACACCACAAGCCCUACUCCUUGGACCUGAGUAUUCCCUUGAAGCACAGUGCCCUGAGAGUGGCUGAAAUCUGGAUGGAUGAGUACGAAGACAUGGUCUACAUGGCCUGGAACAUGCCUCUGCAGAACUCCGGAAUCGACUUCGGAGACGUUUCUUCCAGAAUGGCGCUCCAGAAGAAACUGACAUGCAAAACUUUUGACUGGUAUCCGAAAAAUGUUUAUCCAGUCCUGAAGCCAGUCCACAGCACUGCGGGCUACAGAAGAAUGAAAAACCCAUUGGAUGAAGGCGUCUGCCUGGACCAGGGAGCUAUUCCAGGCAAGCCGAUCAUGUAGUACUGCCAUCAGUAUGGUUCCCAGAGUGUCAACUACCACCUAACUGGGGAAGUCUAUGUGGGACCACUGACUGCUGAGACAGACAAAGACUGCUGUCUGACAGGCCCUGGCAAAGGGGAGAAACCUACUUUAGAGCCAUGUUCCAAGGCAGUAGUCAAAAAUAGACUGCACAUACCCUGGGAUUUUAAACCGGGAAGAGCCGUCCUAAGCAGAACCACCAAACGAUGUCUGGAGACAAAGAGGGACACUUCAGGUGGCUACGUUGCUCUCCAGACCUGCACCACACAAGUGUGGACACUCCAGUACACUGUCAGAAACUGGGGGUCAAACCAACGCCCACUGGCGACACACGUCCUCCUGGGCAUCACCUCCAAGAAUCGGGUCUCGGGCCGGCGGGAAGGGGUGCCUAGAGCCCACUCCUCCCCCUGCCGUGGGAAGGGCUUGGUGGGUGACACCUGGGCCCCCGAGGCCCCCAACGUCCAGGUGUCCUGCAAGUCCAGCUCUAUGGAGCCGGAUGCUGGAAUCCUUGCUCCCAAGCUGGCGGCCAGCAUUGUGGCCCCUGUGCGAAGGCGCAAGGGCUGGGGAGGGGCGUCCGCGCGCCCCCGCGCCGGGGCGGCCCCAGGGCCCUCUCGCAGGCCGGCGGCGCGGCUCGGAGGGCGGCGGCGGCGGCCGCGGCGGCGGCGGGAACGGCGACCUUGGCCAGCGGAGCCCGCGGUGGCCGUAGGGCGGAGGCCGAGCCCCGCCAGGCGCCUUGGCCGAGCCGGAGGGAGGCGCAUCUGGCGCUCGGGUCCCAGCGGGGCUCUGGAGCUGCCGGAGGAACGCCGCGGGAGCUGGGACGUGCUGACCGGCGUGGAGGGCGACCCCCGCGUCCCGGAGCCCAGCCUGGGGAGGGGCGGGGGCGCGAAGCCACGCUGCUUCCCCGGCGUCCAGCGGCACACGCGCCAGCCUGCGGUGCCAGACCUAGCGCGGCGGAGACCGGGGCUUCGGGGCUUCGGGACCCGACGUCGGUCGUACCGCGAGCCCCACCCCGAAAAGAAGGCGCCGCCGAGAGCUGGGAGGCGGCGGCGCGCCCGGGAGGUCGUGCGGUGGGCGCCGUCCUAG